UUAAAGAGUGUUGGUGGCGCAAGCAAGACUAAAGCGACACCGUUUCGAGCAAGGCGUGAAGGAAGGUAUGUCACUGGUGGACUACGACGAUACUUCAUCCGACGACGAUGUCUUACCCGCGGCGGAGCACAAGGCAGCUUUGCCACAACCACCGCAACAAAAACCCUCUCCCCCGAAAUCACGGAGAUCUUUGAAUGAGAAGGAAGAAAGUGAGGGACUUCCUCAGCUACCAGAUGCUUUGCUUCUUCUGGAGUCACCAACGCUCACACGUGUGAGUGGCGGUGGUGACCAUGCUUCCGUUGUUGCAGCUGCAAUGCGAAAACGAGAGUUAAAUGGGAACUCUUCUUCUCUUCCUCGUCGUCCCAAGGUGCCAAGAGGAGCUUUGCCUCACUCCAAGAAUAUUCCAGACACUUCGGGUAACCUGCUUGUGCCUCCUCAGCUCAAAGGAAGGAGCAAUGUUGCCACAGAAGAUAUGAGCAGGCUUUUUGUGAAGAAACGGCAAGAGUCCUCCAAGGCAACACCUCCUAAUCAGGAUUAGUUUUA